AAUGAACUUUUCCUUAAAAUUUGUACUUUUUAAUCUCAUCUCGAAAAGCAUGGUUUUUAGAAAUUGAUGCGUUCAAAAUAUCUGAAGAAGCAAACGUGUAAAUAUCCUCAAUCUAAUUGAGGAUGAUUGUAUUAUGUCAAGUAUCUAUGCAGUGGUCGAGUUUGUUGGAGAGCAGUCGGUUGCAUUAGCAGCAGAGAGCUGGUUGGUGGACAAUGAGACAUCUGUAAUGUGGCCGCCUUAUAAGUCACAGACGAGAGUAGACAAGGCAGUGAAGAAACGUGAACCACCAACAGAUGGAUAUCAGAAGUUUCCAUGCCGUGUUUUGUACAAAACUAGCUCAUAUGAAAAAGGCUUGGCAAAAGUGAGGAAGGCAGAGGACAUUUCAGAUUUGGCCACAGAUGCUGAAUGUGCUGGUAUCCCUGUGAAGAGGAAGUCAAGGCCAAACCCACGUUACCAAGAUAGCGAUUCCUCUUCUGACGAGGAUAGACCAGGCCCAUCACACACCAUUCAGCGAGGCAAUCAACAAAAGCACCAUCCAGCUGCAACUUCUGCACCAAAGACGCCUCCUCGAGCACUGCCUUCUCCACCCUCAUCCUUGAUCAGUCAGUGGCCAGCUCCAGUUUGUACAGCAACAGAAAAGAAAAUAUUGACAAUGCUUGAAGAGGUCAAGAUAUUUCAAGCGGAGAACAGGGCAAUGCUCAUCAGCAUCUGUAGAAAGCUUGACAACUAUGUGCAGGGGGAAUACAGCUUCAACCAGUGGUCUUCCAGAGGAGGUGGUUCUUCCUUUAAAGUUGGUGAAGGACAUGCGACACCUUGAAACUACCCUUAACAACUUUGAGAAGGAGAAACAAUUGGUGGGCCAUCACUUCCAUUUUUAUAGCUAUUUAUGCAUUAACUUUUAUUUUCUUUAAAGGAUUGAAAACAAUUACAAUCAAAACCUCAUUCUGCUUUAACGUUUAAGUUUCAAUCUUGUAGACCAUGCAAAAGAGUUGUUUUAUUUGUCUGCUCAGGUGGCAUACUUA